AUGGAGUUUUAUUUGGAGAUUGACCCUGUUACCUUGAAUCUCAUCAUUCUGGUAGCUAGCUAUGUUAUUUUGCUCCUGGUUUUCCUGAUCUCCUGCGUGCUCUAUGACUGCAGGGGGAAGGAUCCCAGCAAGGAAUAUGCUCCCGAAGUCCCUGCGAACAGCCAGCCUCCCAUCCGGCUGGUGGUGAUGCAGCAGGGCUCCCCAGGCACCCGCUGGGCAAAGGGACUCGUCUCUGCGUACGAGAACGCCUCCGACCUGCCGGGGAAAAGGACUACUGUUGUGUGA